GAGAAUAAAACAUGCCAGACUUGAUCCAUGUCAUGCGUUUCACGUCCGCGCAACACAGAAUAAAGCUUCUCUCUCUCUCUCUUUUGAAAUUUCUUAAUUUCCGGGGGAAGAAGGGAUUUCUUCUUUGCAACUCAUUCCAUUUCAAUCGAUUUCUCCUUCGACAAUGGCUUCCACACCAUUUUCACCCGUACACUCCAAUGAGGAAGAAGGCAGGGAUGAUGCGUGCAAGGCAGACAAGGAAGAAAGACAAACCUUGGUUGAUCCCAAUCCACUGGAAACAUCAAUUGUGGCGGGGAAUUUCAGGCCUCCGCCAUCUCAAUUCCGGUCGAAGAAGAAAAUGGCAUCUGGAAAGCAAAAGUUCAAGAGCACAAGCCUGCCUCCAUCGGCCGCUUCAUCUCCCAGAUCCUCUGAAGAUUCAUUCAAAGGUGAAAAGCCUGCACGAUUGUGGAGCAUGUACAGUGAUCUAACUCCAACCAUGAGGAAGUGGUCAUUUCUUCGACCUGGCUCAUUUAACCGUGCCAGAUCUUGUCAUAUUGGCGAAAGAACGUGUGAUUACUCGGACGAGUUUGAACUUGGAAAAACAAUGAGUCGCGAGGACAGCAGAUACUCUGAUGCAAGAACAAACAGCUUUGGUUCCGAGUAUAAUUCUUCUAGCAGCAGAAGUGGCUCCGAGGACAAAUACCACCACCCCGAAACAGAUAAAGUAUACAAGUUGAACAAAUCCAUGAACGAUGACCGUGCCUUUCAUUGUGGAGCAAUGUGCAUGUUUUUGCCAGGCCUUUCAAAAGGGAAACAAGUGAAGAAAGAGAGUGACGACAAUAGCAAAGGGUAUGUAAGUGAUGGUGAGGUUAGUGGAAUGGUGGCAUCUACUAGGGUGUCUCUGGUGGCAUCUACUAGGGUGUCUCUAGAGAAGUUUGAGUGUGGAUCUUGGAGAUCUUCGGGCGUUACAGAUGAUGAUGCAGGAUCACAGGCUGGUCUCUUCUUUGAUCUACCUUCCGAACUAAUUAGAUCUAAUGGCAAUGAUACAACGUCACCGGUCUCGGCAGCAUUUGUGUUCAACAACGACAAGGUGCCCGGGCUCAGUGGUGUGCUAAAGAAGAACACUUCAUCCUUGCCCAGGAAAUCUGUCGACUCGUCGCGCCAUGUACGCUUCUCUCUCAGUUCACAGCCAUCUUUCAUGAAACAAUCAUCUUCUUCCAGUAUACAGACAGCCUCACCCUGCAUCAAGAAGGUCAGGGAAGACUUCAGUGCAUAUUUAGAGGCCUCUUCGUAAGGUAGAAUGAUGGUUCUCCACCUCAGCCGUUAGCUCAAUAUCCUGGAGUCCCUUUCAUAGAGUAAGGUGUAUCCCUCACCUUAGCUGCUGGUAAUGCUUCUUCAGUUGAGUUAUUACCUACGAUUAGAAUUUCAUUGGUUGCUUUGUGAUGUAAAAGAAUAUAACCAAAUUCAAUUGAUUCCAGUCGUUAUCACAUGAUAUUAAUGCAUGUGGGUUUCUCCUUGUCGUAGUUAACGUACUUGUAUACUCCAAUAUAUCGAAAAUUUGAA